CGACCGACGACUACAGUCUGUAGCUACUGGCUUGCCCUAGGGCCCAGGGCUAUUUUUUCUGCAUUGAGUAUGAAUACAGUUAUACAUAAAGUAAUUGAAUAAUCUAUACUAUUUAUAUUAUCAUUUAUCAGUAGUCACUCACUACUAAUCACUACUACUAGUGCUACUCACUACCAGUGUUGGGGAGUAACUUAAGUUACGAGUUACUAUAUCGAAAUUACUUUAUUAAAAUUAUGAACAUGCUACCAACAGAUUUGAGCACUGAUUCUGACGGUAGUUUAGAACUAUCUCCUAGGAAAAAAAUAAAACUAUCGGAUAUAAAUGAACAAUCAUCUGACAGAGAUAUUUCAAUUGAAAAAGAUAGUCAAAAUUCUAAUGAAAUUGAAAUGGAUAAUUAUUUUGAUCUUAAAGACCAAAAUUUGAACAAAAAUCUAUCUUCGGGAGUAUCUGAUGAUGAAGAUUAUAAUAUUAAUAAAUAUGAAGAUAGUGAUAGCGAAGAUUAUGUACCCAUUUCUGAUGAUGAAUUUGAGUUAGAAAAAUAUGUAAUAAAUGAAACAAAUUCCAAGACUAGUGAUAAUGAAAAAUCUAAUGAUGAAUCUAUCAAAGAUGUUGGCGGUGAUGACAGUAAUUAUAAUAAUAAUGAAAAAAAAAUUACUGAAACAUAUACAUCCAUAGGUAUAGAUAAUGACGAAGUAUAUGAUUUACUAGAUAAAGCUUUUAUAGACAAAAAUAAAACCCUUAAUGAACAUAAAAAGAAAACUGUUACUCAAGAUGACUUUAAAGAAUAUGAAAAAAUUGUGUUAGAAGAAGUAUGUAAAAAUCAUUUUGAUAUAUUACCUGAAAAUUGGAUUGAAGCCACUCAUAAAAGUGGCAUGCCUAUUUAUUUACACAAAAAAACCAGAGCUGUGACAUUAUCAAGACCCUAUUUUUUAGGACCAGGUGAUCCUAAAUCACAUUUAGCCCCAUUAUCAGCAAUUAGUUGUUUACAAUAUCAAAAAGGUCUUGAGAAUAAAGAAAUUAUAAAAAAUGAACCUGAGUUUCAAGUUAGUAAACUUGGAGAUAUGAUUAUACCAAAUGCUAAAGUUGAGACUGCACAAGAAAAUAUUAUUAAAGAAUCCUUAACACAUGCAGAACUUCGGGAAUAUUGUCAAUCAAUAUUUAAGUUUAAGAUUAAAAAAGAAAAAUCUUCUUGUGAAAUGCAGAAAAAAGAUAUAAAAACAGAAAUUUCUUGUAACACACUAAAGAGUACCAAAGAAAGACCUUCACUUCCAGAUAGUACUAAACUAAUAUCAUUUCCAGUUCAAACUGAAGAUCAAGAUAAACGAUGUAAUCGUCGUCGUGAAUGGAUAAUGAAUCCCAACGGUAAAAGUUAUGUGAGUAUAUUACAUGAAUAUUUACAACAAGCAUUGAAAACCCAACCUUGGUAUGAGUUUAAAGAACUUGAAAAUACAGAAACACCUUAUUCUGCUACUGUUGUACUUAAUGAUGUCCAAUAUGGUGUCGGUGUGGGUAAUAGUAAGAAACAAGCAAAACUUAAUGCUGCUCAAGCCACCUUAGAUAUACUAAUACCAGAAAUGAAAAAUAAAAUAGAUUCAGAUAUCAAAAAUCAACGUGAUCCAGUAAUAUUUGAUCAAAUUAAAGUCACUGACCCUAGAAUUACUGAAUUCUGCGCUAAAACCACAGAACCUAGUCCGUAUGCUAUGUUAUUAGUGUGUUUACAAAGGAAUUUUGGUGAAUGUGAAAUAGCUACUGAAUAUAAAUUAAACAAUCGUCGUAGGAUGUUAAAUCAAUGCACAAUGAUGGUUGGCAAACACACAGUUUCUGUUGCUUGUAAAAAUAAAAGGGAUGGCAAACAAAAAGCUUCUCAAAUAAUACUGGGUUUAUUACAUCCACAUAUUGAUAAUUGGGGUUCGUUGUUAAGGCUUUAUGGUAACCGUAGCAUUAAGAACGCUAAAGAAAAGAAACAAGAAGAGCAAGAAAUCACUCAGCUCCAAAGUAAAGCUGCUGUGAAUCAACCCAAUUUUGCUAUAUUAAAUAAACUUAAAGAAGAAAUGUUAAAAAUUAGGGACCAAAGAAAAUUAAAAGAAACCAAUGAAAUGUUAGGACUACCCCAGACAAGGCUUAGUACAACAUGUCCAUAUACUAUAGCAAUUCCAUCAUCUUCAACAAGUCCUAAAUAACAUAUAAUUUUAACUGGUUUAUUCUUCUUUGUGUUCAAUUUUAACAACUUCUAAUUUUCAAUUAAUUGUAUUAAGGAAUGCACA